GUACUAUUUCAGUACCUAGGUACUUCCAAGUAGAUCAUUUCGUCGUGCCUGGUACGAUGAGCAGCGCGUCGUAUGCAGCCUGGGCCAAGUUCGACGUGGAGAAGGAGCUGGAACGCGUGGAUGAGUUGGAGCAGCGCGAGGAGCAGCAGAAACAGCAGCGCAAACAGUUGCAGGCCAAAGAGAGCGUCGAGACUUCGGCCACGCAAGCGGCGCAGCAGUCGGCGGAUAUCCUAUCGGCACAAGCCGCAGUAGCGGCUCUUAAGGCCAAGAAGCGAGUGCGUAAGGGCCGCAGAGAGGAUGCAAAUGAUAGCGUAGAAGCUGAUAAAGCUGAGAAGCUGCAGACUCAAGCCUCUCUCUUUAAUCAGAAGCACGAGCUACUGCAACAGAUUCUGGAGAACCGACGUCUAGGAGAUAGAGCUGAUAACAAGCAAGCCAAGCCACUAUUUGAGAAGGCCCUAGCUUCUAUUAAGAAACUGGAAGAGCUGGCUCCAGAGCUGCUCAAGGCAGAGCAAGAACAGGUUAAAUUACUCAACAAGGAGCCUCUUAAGACGAAUCAAAGCGAUAAGAGUCACGACUGCAAGCAUGGGGACAAGGAAGACCACUCAUGUGGUAGAAAUUGCAGUCACGAAGAGAAGAAAAAGACUGACGCUCCACUGCCCAAAGCGAACGACCUGAUGGCUAUUAUAAAGAUGUUCUACAAGGACGUGUACAUGGGGAUUGGCUCUUGUGAUCUGGAAGAAGGAAGGCUGGCAGCAGCAACCGAGGCAUAUAAAGAAGUGCUGAUACGAGAUGAUUUGCACCUUACGGCGUGGCUGAAGAGAGGUGAAGCGUUUGAACAGAUGAACGCACCAUUGCUGGCCAUGUUGCACUACAACCGGAUCAACACCUUGGAUUCUGAGCACAAAAACGGAAAGGAUUCUUUGGAACGAGUGAAGAUCAGGCUGCUGACUCAAGGUGAUGCUGCUGAUGACAACGAUACGAUCAAAAGAGCGGUAUCUGACUUGACUGAAGGCCGAACGUUUAAAGAGAUGCUUGAACGAAUCCAAUGGACGUUUGAAGAGGCCAACGUCUUAGCUGUCGAGAACUUCUUCGACUACUCAACAACGAAAUAUCAAGUUGUGCUAGGCUGUCUGGAAAUACUGCGAGCACGGCCAGAAUUCAGCUCUACAAACGAAGACCAAAUAUCUCCUGUUCUCAGAGAGCUCAAGAUCUCGUGCCAUUUGAACAUUGCGAGCGGCUACCUCGAGAUGCAGCGAAACUAUACCAAGGGUUUGUAUCACUGCGAGCAAGCACUUCAGCAUGAUAACAACCAGGUGAUAACUCAUUUUCGCAUGGGUCAGCUUCAUCAUGUACUGCACAAUUACGAGAAAGCUCUGGCGUGCUUCGAAACUGCAAAAACUCUAGUACCCGUCGCUAAGGACAGUCAAGCCUGUGAACAACGCAAACAAAUACUAAGUAGAAUCUCAAAAGAGAUUGACAAGUGCGAGUUCGACCGCAACCAAUACGACAUGGUGUAUCUCCGAGUUUUAUCAACCAAGUAAACUGCAGAAUAAAUUACGCACUUCUAGCUCUUCUCGUCCUCUGAAUCGGAUGGGUGCGUCACGAAUCUCGACGCAAUAUCGUCAAGUCUUGAGCCGUACGAAUACGUGUCAGUGUACGUAGGAGGCCGCGAUGGAUUAUCGUUUGCUCUUGAUGUCGGGUAUGCACUGCGUAGGCCUCGUGACGACAGGUUUUGGUGCAGUUUUCCUGCUUUUUGACGUGCUUCAAGCAGAGCGUCGUCAUCUUCAAGCAGCGUAUUGAUCUCCGUCGCUGUCUUGCGUACACCUGCACCAAUGUCUAGGUUCUGGCUGAACUCGUACUGUUCGAACUCGUACUUGUUGUAUUCUGUUGCCAGCUCUAACAGGAAUGAAGCUCGGGCAGGCGAUCGAGUGUCCUUGAGAACUUCUUGAGAACCGUUAAUCAGUAAAUAUUGCAGCAGAUUUAGCGCCU